AUGGCAUUUCAGCCGAGAGACUACCAGCUGAAAAGCCUCGAUGCGGUCCGACAGAAGAAUACCAUCGUGAGCUUGCCCACAGGCGGCGGAAAGACCUUUGUGGCGGUCCUGGCGCUGGACCACUUUCUGCGAGAUGGCCUGAAGGCCAUGUUCGUGGUGCCAACGCGCGUCUUGGUGCAGCAGCAGGCGCAGUACUGCCGCGAUCGCUGCCAACUGCGCGUCCGCGUGGUGGAGCUGUCGGGCGGUGAAAUGGAGUCUUGGGACGAUGGCAGGCGACUUUGUGCAAAAACAUCGCCAAUCAUCUUAAAGCCAAGCCCAUCCUUGGGGAUGUCACUUUUGGUUGAUGUGACACUGGUUGAUGUGACACCUGCCUGA